GCGGUGGUGCUCGCGCAAAUAGAGCGGGCUCCCGGCACUUGACAUGGCGGUAGCGGCGGCAACUGCAGCGAGCAGGGGGAAUGGGGGUGGCGGGGGCCGGGCCGGGGCCGGCGAAGCCAGCGGCGCGCGGAAGAAGAAGGGCCCUGGUCCUCUGGCCACGGCGUACCUGGUCAUCUACAAUGUGGUGAUGACGGCGGGGUGGCUUGUUAUAGCAGUUGGUCUGGUCAGAGCAUACCUGGCUAAGGGUAGCUAUCAUAGCCUUUAUUAUUCCAUUGAAAAGCCUUUGAAAUUCUUCCAAACUGGAGCCUUAUUGGAGAUUUUACAUUGUGCAAUAGGAAUUGUUCCAUCUUCUGUUGUCCUGACUUCUUUCCAGGUGAUGUCAAGAGUUUUUCUAAUAUGGGCAGUAACACAUAGUGUCAAAGAGGUGCAGAGUGAAGACAGUGUCCUCCUGUUUGUCAUUGCCUGGACAAUCACAGAAAUUAUCCGUUACUCCUUUUAUACAUUCAGUCUGUUAAACCAUCUGCCUUACCUCAUCAAAUGGGCCAGGUACACACUUUUCAUUGUUCUAUACCCAAUGGGAGUGUCAGGAGAACUGCUCACAAUCUAUGCUGCUUUGCCCUUUGUCAGACAGGCUGGCCUGUACUCCAUCAGUUUGCCUAACAAAUACAAUUUCUCCUUUGACUAUUAUGCAUUCCUAAUUUUAAUAAUGAUCUCCUACAUUCCACGUAAUUUUCCCCAGUUAUACUUCCACAUGAUACACCAGAGAAGAAAGGUCCUUUCUCAUACUGAAGAACACAAGAAAUUUGAAUAAUUCCUAUUUUCUGCACCCCUCCAAAAAACAAACCUUUCAAUAACAAAAAAAUGCUGCAGACUUUUUGAGUUCCCAAUACGUUUCAUAGAAAAUAAGUAAGGACUAUUUUUAAAAUACUAAAAAAAAUACAACAAAAAACAAAAUCCAGUGUCACACGGGCCUGGGAUUUUAUAAAACAAAACAAAAAGCUGUUACUAAAAACAUCCUGGCCAGUCCAUUCAGCAUGCUUUUUCAAAACCAGAAGUUCCCAAUAUUUAUGAUGGCGUUAGAAAGGGAUUUUGGCGUUUUAUAUCCUCCUGUUUUCCUUCCUGUAUCUGAUAAAUAAAGAUCUGUAACACUGCAUACUUGAGAGUUACAGUCUGAGUAAUGAAGUUGUACCAACAGAAUGCCAGCUUGCAGUAGAGUUCUGUUUCAGUCUGCAGUGUGUUUAGCUUUCUCUCUUUUUCAAAGUGCUUGACUGCAUGCUGGAAACUUUGUAUUUUUGAAACAGCAAACUUUGUUCUCUGGAAUGCUCUGAAGUUAUGGCUGGGCCCUCAUAUCUAGUGAAUGAAAUAUACAUGUGUAAUGCCUAUGAAGCUUUGGGUAAUGCCCAUAAUCAGAAACAACUAGAACCCUUUUGUUUGUUUUCAAUUGAGUCAUUACUGCCUGCCACUAAGAAACGAGCUUGGAUUUAAUACGUAUGUGCACAUUGUAGAGAAACCUACCUUAUCUGGGGCUCAGCCUCACUCAUAUUUUAGCAAAAUGUCAGUUUUGAAAGGGAAAGCUCCAUCGCUAGUAAUGACAAGUACCUUUCACAGUUCUAGUCUCAGAAUCCCUCUGAGUAUGUAUUUGCCAAUAGCUAUUCUCUUUUAUGGACCUGAAACCAGUCUAGUCGCAUAGGAGCAGAGAAUCUAUACUUAACUGAAAACACAUGAAGGUGUUACUUGAGAACGUAGUCCGGAAGAACAUUCAGGCUUAGCUUUCUACACCCUUUUAUUUUAUGUUUAAAUUUUCAUUCACUUCUAUGUGGAUCCUUUUCCUAAUUAUGGUCCUAUGUGAUUCCCACCAAGUGGUAAGUGCAGAGGCAGUGGAGUGUUCCAGUAAGGCAGUCAUGAGCCAAAAGCAGUAUGAGCCCGCACGUUGGAGCAGCCAGACAUACUCGGGUCACGUGGACAUUGUCCUCUUAACACCAUGUCUUUGUGCCAUGGUAAUUGCUCAGCGUGCAUUUAAGACUCUUCAAAAAGGGUUGGAUGAAAAUAUAAAGCCCUAGUUUAGACAUGCAUUAGAUUUUUACAGGAUGUUCUUUAUGGAACCGUUUUUUUUUUUUCCUUUUUUUUUUUUAAUUGGUUGAUCUUUAAAACUUUGAAUAUCUAGCUUACUAGCUUACUGAGUAGAUAUUUCAAAUAUAAUUGCUAACAUCAGAAAGUGUCAUAAUAGAAAACUAAUUUUUUAAAUGCUUAUUUUCAUAGAGGCUUGAAAAUAAGAUGAAAAUGAGAAGAAAAUAUGCAGCUUAAAAUUUAAUGCAGGCAGAUGUGUAAUGAGCUAUUUUUGAAUUGAACAUUAAAAUUCUGCUUCUUAAAGUCAGCAAGCACUCUUAACUGUGGCAUAUUGAGAUUAUAAUCUGUUCUUGUACUUGAUAAACAAAAUAUGUGGGAAAGAUUUGUCAUGCUUUUUUUCUUUUUCUUUUUCCAAAAUGUAUUUCUACUGUAAAAUAGAAUCAAUUUGGGUUAUGUUAGCCUUAUUACUUAAUGUGGAUAAGAUUUUUUCAGUCUUUAGUUAUAGAAGAUGGGAUGAAAAAUGCAGGUUUUCAGGAUUGCUGGAUUCAUUUUAUUCGGGCUUCUCUUAUAAUGUCACAAUUUAUGAAAAACAGUCUGUUGCAAACAGUGGUAUUGCAUCAAAUUGGACUUUGGCAAUAAGAACACAGCAAACAACUCCCUUCUCAAAAAGGGUCUCAAACCCCAGUGUUUAUUUUUGUACAUCAAACAUUUUAAUGCUUAUGGCAGAUAAGUAAGGCAUGCCACUGUGUCCUCAAGUCACCUUUCUCAGUAACUGAUUUCUUUAUUUCUAACAUGAAUUAAUUUUUCCUUUGAAGUGGUGGCAUUCUUUUAUGAAUUGAGACCAUCUAACCCCACCAAAUGUCCUGUCUUCUUACAAAGAAGUGUGAAUGAGGAAGGUGGUGUUUGGUGGGUAUUUUGUCAGACUUACCAUGCUCAUUUCAGGGCAUAGUAAAAGGAACCAUCUGCCCAGCUGUCCCCCUGAUGGGGUGUUUCAGAUCCCCACCUUGGGGACCACCGUCUGGUCCUAUGUGUAAGGCAUCUGUGCAGCCUUACACAUAGACUAGCUCAUUGUCACAGACUUCUGUGAGGUACGCAGUGCCUUGUAGACACAAGCUGCUAAUCCGCAUCUUGCUGUGUUCUGUUUGCUAAUCUGGGAUCAUUCCUUUAACACAUACUGCCUGUUAUCAAAGGCACCAGAGAGUUCCUCAUGGAAUCCAGCACCUCCCAGACUAGAACGUUCCUCUGGACCAAACUUCCAACAGGAGAGGUAGCAUUAAAGAGGCAUCUGAAGAGAUCGUGCCCUCGUUUCCACUUGUGCUUUGGGUUAUUUAUUGGUAAUAAAAGGUUGGCAUUGAUGUGGUACAACCUACAAAUUAUUUUCAAUUCUGAGCUUCAGAUAAAACAAAAUAUCAAAAUCAGUACAUACUGCUCCUUUGAAAUUUGGGUAAAAAAAUUACACAACCGUAUAUAUAUUAUAGUCAUUUUUGUAUUUUUUCUAUGUUGUGAAAACCAAAAUUGUAAUUUUAUAGGUCUUUGAUUCACUAAAAUUCUAUAAUUUAAAUGUAUUUUUUGUAUAUUUAGAAAUAAGGAGUUCAAAGACUAUGCUUAACUUUUUAUGCAUGCAUUUGGAAGCUGUUUUUACCUGAUAAUGUAGUAAGAAGUUGUAUUCAUAAAAUACUGAUCUGUGUUGCAUUUCAAAAUAAACUGGUGUGUGCUCUGCCUGGAUUUGAAAUACUGA